AGAGAGAGACUGUGAGAAGGAAGAGUUGAGAUACAGAAACAGAGGCAGAACAUGCAUUUGUGAGUCAGAGAGUGUGUGUGCCUGUGUGUAUGAGUGUUUGCUCUCAGACAGAGAGAAAGCGAGAGAGAGAGAGAGAAAGACAAAUGGCCUCAUUGAAAGAUAUUGCAGAGAAAUAGCAAACAAGUGAGAAUUCCAGUAAGAAGAGGACGGACAGAGUGUGUGAAGCGGAUGCAGAGAUCCAAGAAUCCUCCUACACAACUGACUGGGUGAAUGAAUGAAUGAAUGAGUGAACAACCAGAACCAACACUGGACCUGAAGAAGACAAGAAGAACGGCACUUGGUGACGUCCUCCAUCUUCUCUUCCUCUACCGUUCCAUCCAUCCUUCUUGGAGACAGGCAGGGAAGUCUUUCCUCCAUCCUCUCACAUGCAACAGGAGCAUCUGCUGAGACAGCAGCAGAAUCACAGGAACUUUGUGUCCCCAUGUGAGAAGGACUUAAAUUAAUCCCACAUCUGACCACUGCAUUGUCCAUGAGGAUUGUAACCACAUCAUCACUCAUCCAAAUCCAGAGACUCGCCACUGAAUACAAACUAGAGACAACUAAAAACAGGAACAGAAACGACACUACCUAUGAGUUUGCAUAUCUGCGCCACUUUGGGAAAAGUGCUGGAAGCAAGUAAGGUCUGGCGAGACUCCUGAGACACUCUUGGACCUGUCACGACACCAAAGAGUGGAUGCACAAUCUGUCAAGCUCAACUGCCGAACUCUUAAGGAAUUCUGUUCUUUUAAGGACUGGGAGAACACCUUCCAGAUCUUUCCAAUGCCACGUGAGCACCUCCCCGAGAAUCUUAUCAGAACAAAGGUCAGGGAGGUGUAAGCAUAGCCAAUCACAAGGAGAAGCAAGAACAGGGCAAGGCCAUACCACAACGGGGACCUGAAACAGGAAGAAGGUUGUGACACUGAGAUGGAUGUAGUUUCUGUUAUAUUGGUUGCAUCAGUUCCUUUCUGAAACUCACUAAGCAAACUAUGAGACAGUCUACGUACUUUUAGCUAACAACCGUAUUAAGCUAAACAGUAUUUCUUAGUAAGAUACUAAGAUUCUCUUCAAGGUACUCUGUAUUUAGGUCGUUAUUGUAUUUAUGUCCUAAUAAAUGUGCUGUAACAGUGCAAACACUGAAACAAUUGCCAACAUAUCUUCUAAUAUUGAGUGCGACACACUUCGUAGUGUUCAGCCAUUCAUUUGUAAGUAAGUGUUCUGUUACAUCAAAUUAACAACUCUCAGUUGUGCAAUAUCAGUAAACAGGGUGUAAGUGGUUGCCUCAAGACUUUGUUAACCACUAGAACCACAAACUGCAAGUUCUCGUUACCUCCGAAGCAAGACACAGUUCUCUAUUGUCCGUCAAGGCUUUUUUUAUACCGUGCACUGGCUGGAAGUCUUUGCCCAUCUCUACCACAUAAAGACUCAGGGUGACGCAGCCUGUGAGCAACGAGGGACUUUGAGACAGCAAUGGACAAACCCAUCCGUCCUCAUGUCCCCUGCAAUGGCUGAGUGUCCUCCCCCCGUGCACUGAAGACAUCCUCUGCGGGACCGUACUCUACACCCAGUUCCUCUAGCCAAGAACACCAAGCCUAAGAGUGAAUGUCCUGCCUGCGGCGCCAACCUGUGACAAUCCCCAUGGACACUGUCAAGAUCAUCCAGUCGGAAAAGUUCCCUCGAGAGUGUCCGGUCCCAGUGACCCAGCCUCGCUAUGCCCCACCUCCCCGUGUGGCCUGGGAUGGAGGAGGCGAGGGGGAGGUGAUCAUCAACCAGGCAUGUGGCGACCUACACAUGGAGGUCAACGGCAACACCGUGGUCCCACCCAGACCCUUAGUGUCUCCUCCUGCCCCCAUCCUCCGCCGUGAAGCAAGUUAUCUUGCCCAGCGCAAGGCCAGCACAUCUGACAUCUGCUACCACCAGUUCCACUACAAGAUGGACAACGUCAUCAUCAACCAGUACGUGCUCCGCUCUUCCUCCACCUCUUCCUCCUCAUCCUCCACCUCCUCAGGCCCGGUGAUGCCAUGCGAACCGCUGGACUGCCCCACAUGUGGACACACCUAUAACUUUGCCGGCAAGCGCCCACGCAUCCUGUCCUGUUUGCACUCCGUGUGUGAGGAGUGCCUGCAGAUCUUGUAUGAGUCCUGUCCCAAGUACAAGUUCAUCUCCUGCCCCACUUGCCGCCGCGAGACCGUACUCUUUACCGACUAUGGGCUAGCCGCGCUGGCCAUCAACACCAGCAUCCUCAGCCGGCUGCCGUCCGAUCCGGCGGGGACCGUGCAGUGGGCCAGUGACGGUGACCGCAGCUGCUAUCAGACGGUGCGACAGUACUGUGAGUCGGCUUGCACUUGCCACAUAGCCAACCCUCUUUCCUCCUGUGGCAUUAUGUAGAACGGAUAGGACGGAUGACCUGCACAACUCUAUUCCACCAUCUGAAAAACCUUAAGCAACACACAUUCAUCUCCUCCGAAGGGUCACUGAUGUAUCUGUAUGUUUAAUAGUACAGGAUGCUAUGUGAACUUGAAGUGAAAAGAACACUUCUGUGCAAAGACAGAGAUAUGAAAUAUCAGAGUAAAUGUAUUUUUAAUGUAUGAACUGGUUUCCCUAUAGCCCUCGAUCUCUUGUUUGGAUGUGUUCGUCAUUGACAUCUCUUUACAUGGGAAUGCCAAGGGAAGUCUAUCUCCCCCAUCCUGGGUAAAAUGAAGACCAAUAAAGAAUUUAAAAAUC